AAGUCACUUCAAUCACCAUACGAAGGCCCUUAUCGUGUUAUCAAGAGACUAACGGACAAGUACUACACCAUUCAACUACCGGAUCGCGAGUCAAACAUUUCAAUAGACCGACUCAAGCCUGCCUACCUAUUGCAAGACGACGACAUCGCAAAUUCAUCAACAAUGUCAACACAAGUUCAAGCGCAAGCUACACUAGGUCAAGGUCAAGCUAUCACUAAGGCACAGGCGCAAGAAAGUACCUCACCACAGAAAAUUCCCGCUCCGGUUAAUACGAGCAACAUGACGCCACAACAAACGGAUAAGAAAACUCGUGUCGGCCGUGCCGUCAGGUUGCCGGUACGUUUCACUUGAGGGGGAGUACUGUGGCUACCAGCAUACUUACCAUCAAGUACCAACAUACUUACCAACAAGCUUACCUUACCGAAUAACAAGAACAACAGUUACCUUCACAAUAUUUACCAUUCAAUUACCAAAACAUUACCAGGAUAUAAUAGAUAUAAUACAUAUAUAUAUAAGAGAUGAAUAAAACAAAUCAAGCACUUUAAUAUCAUGCCGACUUCGUUGCCCAGAAACCAGAAGAAGCUAGUUCUGAAAAGAACUGUUUUGUGAGCGCGUGCACAUGGACAUGCCACACAUCGUGCAUCAGCAGUUCUUCCAGGCAGCAUCAGCAUCUUCACACGCCAAUUGUUCACACUGCAUUAUUGUCCAUCGGAUCUCCGUCCGAAACAACACAAGUCAAGAGUUCGACGCACACACUGCACUUCGCGAGAGCAUCACGAGCGCGACCUCACGCCGCAAGUUCAAAUUAACACUGAGGCGGGGAGCAAGCAGCAAGACGGUUUUAUACGCAAGCAAGUUUCGCCCAACAAACAUCGCGUGCACACCGCACGUGGCGCCCUCGGCGCGCCUGCGGCCGCACCGGGCGUCACAGAAACUCAAGCUCGACACGUGUAGCGGAAACGAGACGGAGCUAUCCAGACUCAAGAGACAGCAAUGCAAAAUUCUCAGAAAUCUAUGCAAAUCAAUUUUAUUAUAUUUCUCAGCUUCAUUCUUAGCAAUUAUUUUUACAUAUUGUAGUCGAGCUUCCACGCCACCGCCUUGCACGUUUGUAGAAAGUGGGGAAAAAAUAAAUUCACACUGGCAACACCAUCCCCACCUCACAGCCGCCCGGUUGGAUCUCGUCAUUCCGUGUUUUCGUGCUCAAGCCUUCGCACGUGUACUACUAUUUUCGAAAUCAUUAUGCCGAAUAAAAGGAAACGUGACAGCAGCAGUGAAAGAAUCCACAAGAAAAUAAAAAAGCUUAAAUCACAAUUAAAAGAAAAAUCAAAUAAAAAACGUAGGCGUUUAAUUAUUUACUCGGACAGCGACAACUCAGAUUAUGAACAAGAAGGAGCCGAUUUAAUUCACAGUGCUAAUGACGUACUGUCAAGCCCUACUACAACGAAUUCCAAUGAAAUACCCUCAACUUCCCAGGCAGUGGAGAAUACAGAUUCAGAAUUAGACAACGAAAUUCUUGUUCUAUUGGGUAGCGCUCCUAAAAUUGAUAAUAAGUUUGGCAAACCAACCCACAAAGACUUGGCGUCUAGAUGGCAAGACAUCCUGUCGAAAGGGCUUUCCAAAGAUGAAAAAGAUAGAUUAUUAAAUGAAUAUUUAAUACCCGAAAAUUGUGAUAUGCUUGUGGCGCCAUCGCUUAACGCGGAGGUAAAGGUCGCAUUAGCCGACAAUAUGGUAAAAAGAGACUCUUCUCUAUUAGCUAAACAAAAACAGUUAUCUGUAGCUAUAGCUGCCAUUAAUCAAGCAAUUGAAAUGACAAUCUCGAAAGAAAGUCACACAAAAAUUUUAAAACCGCUGAGCGAUGCAUGCCGAUUGCUGUGUGAUAGUCACUUCAGUGAUACGAGAACACGCCGUGGAUUUGUCAUAUCUUCGAUAAACCAGGAACUUAGAGAAACUCUUACGGAGUCAACCCGAGACAAAUUACUUUUCGGAGAAAACAUAUCUGAAAAAUUAAAAUCAGCAAAGAAUAUAAAGAGGUCGGCAGCCGAUCUUAAACAGAUCAAAAAUGAUAGGUAUAACAUAUUUAAUAAAAAUAAUUUUAUUAAGCCGAACAAAAAUUCCAAAGCUCGUUUAAACUGGAAAACGAUGCCUCGGAAGAUAACUCCCAAGACGGAAUCGGGCAGAACGCGCCAACGCCAGACUUCGGCCAACGACUUUCAACAGCGGGGACGUCGAGAUCGGGAGACAUCGGAGCGAACAGGGAGCAACAGGAAGCGCUAA